CCUCAUUUAGCCCAGGCUGGCUUGGCUAACACCCACACGCUUGAGCCGAUGCUGGGCUUCCUGACCCCCCUUCCUUCUCCUGAGUGCUGCGACUGCAGGCUGCACCAUCGGACCUGCUUUAUUGAUGCUUUAGGGACGGGACCCAGGGCUUCCUGAAGGCAAGAUGCAUGCUCCUUCUAAACUGUGCUCCUUCCAAAGCCCUCGGAGUCACUGUUAUCCUUAACCUGGACAGAAGAGCUGAUGCUUUUCUUUAAAAGUUAUGGGGCUGAUUGGAAAUGGUUGCCUGUGAUUUGACUGUGUGUUGGACAUGAUGAAAAGUGCCACCGGAGCAGCCUUCAGGAAUCCAGAGGUGUAAAGAGGAGCUCGUCUGUGAUGGGUCCAAGGUCCACGCUGCUUUGCAGGCAGGACAGUUUGUAAGUUAUUAUCAAAACAGUGGCAUGAUACUGAGGUGGGCAGGAACUCGGUGGCUAGUGUGUUUUGUAAGAGGCCUUUGGAGUGACCCUUGCCCACAGACUUUGUUACAGCUGUCUCUGCCCUGCUGAGUUUCCACACUCUUCACUUGUUGAGCCAUGGCCUCUGAGUCUGUCAGCUGCUUCUCUCUGGGUCUCAGCUCUCAGCAAAUGAAACAAAUAAACCACAGAAAGAACUGGAGAAGCUGGAGGGAGUCUCAUUCUGUCUGUACCUGUGCCUUCUUCAGCAAGUGACCUCUAGUUAGUAGCUUGACCUCUUUCUGGGCCAGAGUUAGCUUCCUCACAUUUAAAACAGAUGAUUUUUCUCUUUUCUGUCUCCAUCUACCCUCCUGCUUAAUUCUGCCUUUUCCCAUUUCUCUCUAUAUAGUUUCUUACCCACAUUUUAUUUCCUCUGCCUCUAACUUUUCAUCUUAGGUCAUUUCUCCUUAAUCCCCUGUUCGUUUUCCUCCCAUUCUUCUCUCCUGACCUCUCAUGUCUCCCUCACCUCAGAGUGACGUUUUAUUGCUCUUGUCUGAUGCCAGGGGCCUGGAGUUACUGCAGGUCAUGGAGGCAGAUACUGGAAUUUUUGUCCAUGGCAUAACAUUUCCGCUGUCAGAACGCUUCAGUUCCCCGGGGAAGGGGGGGAGUAGUAAAUGUGAUGUGUAGUUAAAUUGCAAGCGAGUAUGGAUGCUUUGUUAAUCUCUGACAGCAGCUGGGAAAAUGACUUGAAUAUAAUGAAUGGGUUUCCUAUUUUUAAUGUUGGGGAGAUUGAUUUUGCAAUUGUUCUCCUUAUUUCCUACAAUUUGUUUUGUGGGUGGAGUGCCACAGCAUGUAUGUGAAGGACAGAGGACAGUGUAUGGGAGUCAUUUCUUCCACCAUAGGAGUUUUAGGGACAGAACUCAGGUUAUCGGGCUUGGGAAAUGCUUUACCCACUGAGACACCUCCAUCACGCCUCAGUUUGAUGGUUUGAGUCCUGAUGGAGUGUUGCUACAGUUAGCAUUUCCAUCCCCUCUUGGCCAAAAUGUUUGAGUGAAUCAGAGGGUUGAUGAACUAAAUACUUGAAUAGAAUGAUUAAAAUCCUGUUAUCUUCAGUUCCUCAUUAAGAAAACAUUUCGCCUCUCCAGAUUCUUUUGGUGUUAAACAGUGGCAUACAGCAGAAAUUGAAUGUGUGCUAUAUGUGUAACUUCAGAUUUCCUCCCUGUCACAUUACUAAAAGAAGCAGCAGAGACUGGAGGCAGCUCUGUGGAAGAGAGGUGCCUGCUAUGCAGCAUAGAGGUCUGAGUUGGAGCCCAGCACACAUGGGAAAGCUUAUGUGCACACCUUUAGCACUGCCGAGGAUUGCAGAGAAGGAUCACUGGGGCUUGUUGGCUGUCACACAAGCUCUAGGUUCAGUGAGAGACCCUGUCUCAAAGAAAUAAGGAAGAGCAGAGUAAUGUAGCAGACUUGACUUAGUCUGUCCUCUGAACAUGUGCACAUCACUCUAAGCAUGUGCACCUGUGCCAUACUUUAACACACAAGAUGUCAAAAGAAUCCAAAAAAGUCAAUUAGUACAUUUAAUUCAGAAUAUAGAAUAUCAUUUCACUACACAUAUACAUCACAAUUUCUUCACUUUCUUUUUUCAUAUUAAGCCUUCCAAAUCAAGUGGCUAUCUUCACUCAUCUUAUUAAUAGCAUUUAGUACUAGCUUGCAAAUUCAAUAGGCUUAUAUGGCUGGAGGCUAUUUGUAAUAAAUUCCAGAGUCUUAGAAAAUGACUUCAAUAAAAUGUUUUAACUUAAAAAUGAAGUAUAUAUGUGUGCCUUACCUAUGUGUAUCAUGUGCUCUAGGGUUCUAGAAAAGUUUGAGGUUACCGUGUAGGCAUUCUGAGAGCUGGCAAGUAAACACUGAGAACUAAGUGUUGCCCUCCACACUCGUGAAGUCAUCUAGGUUUGUCAUUUAUAGAGUGCUGAGCCAGGGUAUCUCCCAGGUCUGUGAGAAGUGCUAGGUUAUGCCAGUAUAAUGAAGUAAAUAUAUCUAGUAGUUAGACUGUAGAAGCACAGUGAUGCAGUCUAAGCAUAUGAAAAGUUUUUCCCUCGCAUGACUACAGGAGUUUUUUACCCCCUGUGUAUAGCUGUUUUUAUUUCUGCAUAUGAAGAUGUGAUUGGCUUAAGGAAUCAUUAACUCAAUCCCUGUUCUGUGUGAUGGAAGCUGUAGUUGACCAUCUUGUGAUUGGGCAGGACUUGGUACCUAUCAGUGUAAACACAUGGUGCGGCCUGCCCCAUGCCCCUGCUUAUCAUCCGUGGAGAGAUGGGGCUGAGGCAUUUUGAGCAAAUCUCAUUGGUAAAGUGGUGUGUGCAUUGCUUUUUUUUUUUAAAGACCUGUUUGCUUUCAGUUUUAACUAUGUCCCUUUCUGCGGCAGUUAGCACUUGGUUGUCCACAGAAUACGUUUUCGUUUGUUGGUGCCUUCACCUCUGUAGGUAGUCAUGCUUGAGUGGUCUCUUUAGUUUUAAGAUGCUUUACCUAGAAGAUAACAGUGAAGAUGAGAAGACGGUUCGGGAAAGCUCGUUGAGUAAAACGGCAGGUGUUUACCAUGGCAAGGCCCCGCCUGGGAUUCUGUCUCAAACCAUGAAUUAUGUGGGCCAGCUGGCUGGGCAGGUGCUCGUCACUGUGAAGGAACUCUACAAGGGCAUUAACCAAGCCACAUUGUCUGGAUGCAUCGAUGUGGUCGUGGUGAGGCAGCAGGAUGGCUCCUACCAGUGCUCGCCUUUUCACGUACGCUUCGGGAAGCUGGGUGUCCUGAGGUCCAAGGAGAAAGUGAUUGACAUAGAAAUCAAUGGCAGUGCUGUGGAUCUUCACAUGAAAUUGGGUGACAAUGGGGAAGCCUUCUUUGUAGAGGAGACUGAAGAAGAAUAUGAAAAAUUACCUGCGUAUCUUGCCACCUCACCAAUUCCCACUGAAGACCAGUUCUUUAAACAUAUUGAAACCCCUUUGGUGAAAUCAAGUGGAAAUGAAAGGCCAGCUCAGAGUUCAGACGUGUCUCACACCUUGGAAUCAGAGGCAGUUUUCACUCAGAGUUCUGUGAAAAAGAAGAAACGAAGGAGGAAGAAGUGCAAACAGGACAACAGGAAGGAGGAGCAGGCAGCUUCCCCUGUCACAGAAGAUGUAGGUGAUGUGGGUGUGAGCUCGGAUGAUGAGAAGAGAGCCCAGGCAGCAAGAGGAUCUUCAAAUGCUUCCUUAAAGGAAGAGGACUACAAGGAGCCUUCACUCUUCCAUUCUGGGGAUAACUACCCCUUAUCUGAUGGAGAUUGGUCCCCAUUAGAAACCACCUACCCACAGGCUGUGUGCCCCAAGAGUGACUCGGAGCUGGAGGUGAAGCCAUCUGAGAGCCUCCUCAGAUCUGAGUCGCACAUGGAGUGGACAUGGGGCGGGUUCCCAGAGUCCACCAAGGUCACCAAAAGAGAACGGUACGACUAUCAUCCAAGGACAGCUACAAUUACACCAUCAGAGAACACGCAUUUCAGGGUAAUCCCCAGUGAGGACAGCCUCAUAAGAGAAGUUGAAAAGGAUGCUACUGUUGAAGAUACUGCCUGUACCAUAGUGAAACCCAAACCUAGAGCCCUGUGUAAGCAACUGAGUGAUGCAGCGUCUACUGAGCUUCCCGAAUCACCUCUCGAAGCGCCUCAGAUUUCAUCGCUAUUAGAUGCAGACCCUGUUCCCAGCCCAUCAGCAGAGGCUCCCUCAGAACCCAAAGCAGCUGCUAAAGACUCACCAACAAAAAAGAAAGGUGUUCACAAAAGAAGCCAGCACCAGGGACCUGAUGACAUUUACCUUGAUGACUUAAAGGCUCUUGAGCCUGAAGUGGCGGCUCUCUAUUUCCCUAAAAGUGACACGGAUCCAGGUUCCAGGCAGUGGCCUGAGUCUGACACGUUCUCUGGUUCUCAGUCCCCACAGUCUGUGGGAAGUGCAGCUGCGGACAGUGGCACUGAAUGCCUCUCAGACUCUGCCAUGGACUUGCCUGAUGUAACUCUCUCCCUCUGUGGAGGCCUCAGUGAGAAUGGAGAGAUUUCUAAAGAGAAGUUCAUGGAACAUAUCAUCACUUACCAUGAGUUUGCAGAAAACCCUGGUCUUAUCGACAACCCAAACCUCGUGAUACGGAUAUAUAACCGUUACUACAACUGGGCGUUGGCUGCUCCCAUGAUCCUUAGCUUACAGGUAUUUCAGAAGAGUUUGCCUAAGGCCACCGUUGAGUCCUGGGUUAAAGACAAGAUGCCAAAGAAAUCUGGUCGAUGGUGGUUUUGGCGGAAAAAAGAAAGUAUGAUCAAACAGUUGCCAGAGACCAAGGAGGGAAAAUCUGAGGUCCCUCCAGCAAAUGACCUGCCUUCCAAUGCUGAGGAGCCAACCAGUGCCAGACCUGCAGAGAAUGACACUUCUAGUGACGAGGGGUCACAGGAGUUGGAAGAAAGCAUCAAAGUUGACCCCAUCACCAUGGAGACACUGAGUCACUGUGGGACGGCCUCAUAUAAGAAGUCUCUCCGACUCUCCUCGGACCAGAUAGCAAAACUGAAGCUCCAUGAUGGCCCCAAUGACGUGGUAUUCAGUAUUACAACCCAGUAUCAGGGCACCUGUCGGUGUGCAGGGACCAUUUACCUGUGGAACUGGAAUGACAAAAUCAUCAUUUCUGACAUCGAUGGAACAAUAACCAAGUCUGAUGCUUUGGGGCAGAUUCUCCCACAGCUGGGUAAAGACUGGACGCAUCAAGGCAUAGCUAGGCUCUACCAUUCCAUCAAUGAGAAUGGCUACAAAUUUCUGUACUGUUCUGCACGUGCCAUCGGCAUGGCCGACAUGACCCGUGGUUAUCUGCACUGGGUCAAUGAUAAGGGGACGAUCUUGCCUCGAGGCCCUCUGAUGCUGUCUCCCAGCAGCUUGUUCUCUGCCUUCCACAGGGAAGUGAUAGAAAAGAAACCAGAGAAGUUCAAAAUUGAGUGUCUGAACGAUAUUAAGAACUUGUUUGCCCCGUCCAGGCAGCCCUUCUACGCUGCCUUUGGAAACCGUCCCAACGAUGUCUAUGCUUACACACAAGUCGGAGUUCCAGACUGUAGAAUAUUUACUGUGAAUCCAAAGGGUGAAUUAAUCCAAGAAAGGACCAAAGGGAACAAGUCAUCGUAUCACAGGCUGAGUGAGCUUGUGGAACACGUGUUCCCACUUCUCAAUAAGGAACAGAAUUCUGCCUUUCCAUGCCCAGAGUUCAGUUCCUUCUGCUACUGGCGAGAUCCAAUCCCUGACGUGGACCUGGAUGACCUAGCUUGAACAAGGCCUAGAUGGCAAGGUGGGGGGCACUGGCACUGGCCCUCUUACAGAUGAAGACCCAGGAGCUGACAGUCAGGAACCUGCUUUCCAGAACAGGGGCGGGGUCCCCGAAGCUGGCACUGCCACCUUCUUUCAGCUUCCUAGGCCACCACUCAGCACUUAGAGUAAUAAGGGGCACCGGGCCUGCGUUAGAAGCCCGUGCUCUGAAGCCUGCGCUCCAUUACUUGUGGGCUCUCACGUGCUUCUGUGGAGUUGUGUGCUGUGCACCACUCAGCUGCACAUUUAAAAAGGAAACCAGAAACUGAAAAAGAAUAGACCAGCACAUUGCUACACAAAAGUAAAGAUUUCAAAUCUCCACUGUUCAGUUGGGAUCGUUUCUCUCUCUAGCCAGGGCUUUCUCCAGAGGUCCAGUUAAUGCUGCCAGCUAUGCGUACACACCCUUCUCGAGACGCCUCCACUCUCGCUCACUGAACUAGGACAGCUGCUUCAUGUUCCAGCACCGUGAGCCCAUCUGCCCCAGCAUGGGCUGUAAAGUUGGGGGGAAAGCACCCUAGCAGCAGCGUCUCCUCACCUGUCCCUGCCGCAGUGAGAAAGAAGCGCUUUAAGUUGUUGUUAUGACCUAGCAGAAGAACAGAUGCAUAGUUCACGUCUGGAGUGAUGGUGAGACCUUGGUUUGAAUCACAAAAAAGGCAGUGGCUUCUCAGAAAUGUAGAAGGGCAGUUUGCCUUGGGUCCUGGGAGGCCUGUUCUCUGACACUGUCACCUGACUUAAGUGGUCCUUGGGGCAGAUUAUUUCAGGACAGGAUUUUUGAAAGUCUGGGCUUCAUAUUUGCUGAGGAAGAAGCCUUUGGCUAGUGGCAUUGACCAGUCAUCUGGAUUCCAACCAUGUAAUGCAGUCAUGGAGGCCUGGGAGAGAGAGGCUCCUGAGUGCCUGUAGAGAGCCAGCACCUCAGCAGUAGCAGCAGCCUGUCACUCUGACUCACCCUCAUGCAGUUGAUAGUGCAGAUGAGGCCUCGUGGGGAUGUGGGGUACCCCCGCACCUCCCUGGCGGCCUCAGACACUGGCCUCGUUAAGUGCUCUUGUCAAAUGUUGGAGCAGAUGGCACCAGGGAGAGUUAUGUCCUCAGAUCUGCAGAGCCUUGCCCAGCUGGGUGUGGGCAGUUACUGAGAAAUCCGUCUGAGUUCGAGGCCAGCCUGGUCUACAGAGUGAGUUCCAGGACAGCCAGGACUACACAGAGAAACCCUGUCUCGAAGAAAAAAAGAAAGAAAGAAAAGGGGUGGCUAUUUUCCAGAUUGGAGAGUUGAGUGUCCUUGCCUCAUUUCAGUAUUGCAGUUGAAUGCAGAGACCUUGGUAACAAAUGUUUAAUUAAAGAAAAAGAAAGACCAUUUGAAACAUAGUUGUCCCUGGCAAGCCCUGGAGGCACGUGCUCCCAGAGAAGCAAUGCAGGCUCCCUGACACUAUGCUGAUGUUUCCCACAAGUGUUCCUCUGCUCCGUGAGUUACUUGUGUUAGGUAGUAGGGAAACUCGGCUAUGUUCAUGUGACGUUCUCGCCAGUUAAGUGAAAUAAGAUUUUACUAAAGCAGCCACGGGAGAUUUGAAGCCUAAGCCAUCACCACCCUAGCUUUAGGGGAACCGUAAGAAUUGUGCACUUAACCUGAGCUUGGUAGAAUCGCCACGGUACAGAAAAUCCUGUUUUCUCUUAAACCUUCUGUUUUUCCUGUAGGGAGUCUUUGUCUCACUAGUCUGUUUCCUUUUCCUAACAGACUUUUUCUUUGGACACACGGGCCUUUUCAGAAGGUCCAGAGUAGGCUCUGGGUCUCCUGGCCUGUGCAGAGGUGAUGGCUGGUCUUUCUGUCCACGUGUCUGUUAGCUCGACACUUGUCACUGCACAUUGAUCAGUGGGUAUUUAGGAUAAUGAAUGUAACUCUUAUUUAAAGGAGUCUCCUUGCUGAAAGUAGAUGAGUACCAUUACUGUAGUGUAUGAAGUAUUAGGCUUGUGCUGAAAAUCCAUUGCCAUUUGUUACAAAUGACAUUUGUUCUUUCUGUGAAAGAGAGAUGCCCUUAAGUGUGUUUGCACACAAACCCCUGGAUGGCUUGUUGCAGUGUCACCUUGUCUCCAUGACAGGUGAUGCUGAAGAGACACUAUGGCAGACCGGCCACCCAGUCCUUCCGUCAGUUGUUGCGUCAGUUCAGUCUAAUUUUAGUGUUUGGUGUUGAGUGUUGAAGCUUGCACUGCUGUAGAAUUGAUGGCUGCUCUCCGUCAGGCUGUGUAGGGUGUACAUGUGGACCUGGAGCAUGCAUGUGUAACCAUAUGAUCAGUACUGCAGUUCCUGUGGUCUAACCCAUCUGCAUAGUCAGUUGGAAAAAGAAAUGUGCUGUUGUAGUAACUUAGAACAAAAGCUGCUAAAACAACGUAGAGUGGACCAGGACCCGAGCUGAGCAGCAGGGAGCCUCUGUUCUCUGCAGCCUGUGGGGUGGGUCCAGCCUUCUGUAGUACUCUUUAAAGCCAUCAUCUGAGAGAAGAAACGGUUCAGGCAACAUGAGCAAGUUUCUGGGAAACUUUGUUUGAGAGCAUGCUAAGGUUUAUUUAAAACCCCAGGAAUUGCUCUUUCCAGGUGAAAAAUUCUUUUUUUGCCCUGAAGGCAGAGGAAAGAGUUCCCUUCUAAUGAUUACUCUCAGCUGAUGAAGUACUUGAUUAUUAGAGAGCAGUGCCACUAAGCAGCUUUAAGUUGUCCGUAAUUAACUGUAAACAUCAGUGCAGUACCUUCACUAUGGUAAAGAUGUUGUCUUCAGAUGAAUGGCUCAUAUUUUGGUGCAGUGUUUGAUGUUCACAAAAAAAAAAAAUGUUACAAUAAUAAACUAACAUAAACUGAU